CCUUCCUUUUUUUUAACCACCAUCAUCUUCCUCCUCCUCCUCCUCCUCCUUCUUCACCUUAAAAUAAUAAUAAUCUUUACUAUUCACAGACAAUAAUAAUUAAUUCUUAUUCUUCAUACUCUCUCUACUCUCCUCUCCCUGUCUAUCCUCUGCUCUGUGCUUAGAUCGCAACCACCCGAACUGGGCUGGGCCUAUACCCAAGAUUUCAUAUAGCAUCUUGGUAUUGCCUAGCUUCUCUCCAGGUACCCACUUUCGUUUUCGUUUACGUUAGAUUUUUCAGGGGGCAUCAUUCAAUUCUGACGGUUUGAUUGUUUCGAUUUCGAAUUCUGUGGUUCAUUUUUGUGUCACUAGGGCGAUGUGAUUGUAAUUAUUGUAUUAUUAUGAAAAAUGGAAGAAUAUGGCUGUGGAUUCCGGCUCGAAUUUGCGAAAUUUUAGAAACCGUGAAUGAUACUCAUGUGUAAUAAAGGAAUUGGCUGCCUGAGGGAGUCGGAGAAUCCAAUUGAUCAGCCACAGGUUCCUCCGCACUUGAUGGAGAGCCCCUCCACUAGCCCUCACUUUGGCUCUAAUGCCUCCAGCCUUGUUACCAAUGAGGAGAGCCCUCGCGUAAAGUUUCUGUGUAGCUUUUCGGGGAGUAUAUUGCCCCGGCCGCAGGAUGGGAAGCUGCGCUAUGUUGGUGGGGAGACACGAAUUGUUAGUGUUCCAAGGGAAAUUAAGUAUGAUGAGUUGAUGAGCAAGAUGAGGGAGCUUUAUGAAGGCGCCGCGGUGCUCAAGUACCAGCAGCCCGAUGAGGACCUCGACGCGCUUGUCUCGGUUGUGAAUGAUGAUGAUGUGACCAACAUGAUGGAGGAGUAUGAUAAGUUGGGGUCAGGUGAUGGUUUCACUAGGCUCAGGAUUUUUUUGUUUUCGUAUCCUGAUCAAGAUGGUGGUUCCUCACAUUAUGAUGGGGAUGAGAGAGAUCAUGAGAGGAGGUAUGUUGAUGCUCUCAAUCACUUGAAUGAUGGUUCGGAAUUUAGGAAGCUGCAUAUGGACUCCCAUGUUAUUAGUUCAAUUGAUGAUCUACAUGGAGUGGAACAGUUCUUUAGUCCGAUGAGUCUCGAGGGUGGUCUGCAUAGCCAGAGAAAUGAGAUACCUUUGUCUCAGUAUAACCUGCAUCACCUCAAAAUACCUCAUAUGGGGUCGGGACAGCACCAUCAACCCAUUACCCAAAGGUAUAACGAAAUGGAAGCUCCAUGGAGCCCUGCAUACUAUUCUCCCAGGCACCAUGGUCACAUGGAUCCAAGACCAAUGCCAGAGUUUCCAUCUUCUCCUACCUCUGCACGGUAUCGUAUGACAUUUGCUGAUGUACCUGAUAAAUGUUCAGACAGAAUGCCUGAAGAAUAUGUUCGGCCUCCAUUGAAUCAUCAGCCUGGAUACGAGCACCAAACACAAUAUUCUGACAAUGUUGUAUGGCUUCCUAGUGGAGCUAUUUCUGGCGAGAAGUCUGGCUUUCCUGGUAACAUUUUUCAUGGAAACAAUGUUCUUGAAGGAAAUGGUGUAUCUGAACACUGUCGGGUAUGUUUUCAAAGAAACCAACAUUAUGAGCAGCCCAACAUGGUCAAUGGAUUUCAUCAGGUUGCUAAUACAUGUGCUGAUUGCCGUCCAAAAUUGCACCAUGGUUACACAGAGCAGAAUAGUGAUCUGCCGUCUCUGUAUAAGGAGAACCAAAAUCAAUGGGUUCCACAUCAUUUAAAUAGCCGCACUGAGGAAGCAAGAUCACAAGUGUCUGGAACUGGAAAAUUAAAUGAUCACUACAUUGUAGAUGGUCCUGGUGUGAGUUUGCCUCUCGUUCACACUAAUAUGAUGGAUGUCCAUCAUGCCUCUUCCAAUCUUAUCCAUCAACGAGUUGGCUCUGAAAUGGGAAAUGAAGUGUUUAAUGACCGACCUCUGGCUGGCCUGCCCCCUCUACACAUUCCUCCUGCAGAAGACCGUGGUGUCCGAUAUGGAAAUCUUCCAUAUGCCUACGGAGGAGAUAAUCUUUACCCAGCCUCUCAUGGACAUACUCCAGGGCAUGCAGUAUGGAGUAAUGUUCAGAGCACAAUGCAUGCUGUGCCACCCUUUGAUACAUCCAAUUCAGCUCCACAAGUUAAUGGUUCAGUAAAUCCCGGAUAUCUCAGGCAGGAAGGUAGUCCAAGAUUUUGCAUUGGAGCAGGUAAUCCAAAUCUUUGGGUUGAAUCCUCGCAGGCGUUAGGUUUUGAUGGAAAAUCUGUUCACGACUAUUCUUGUGACCAAGCUUUGAACUUGAACCCAAACUCACUUGCUCAUGAAGAUCAUCAUCAAUUUGCUCCAGGAGUUAUUCAACCCGCACUUGAUGUAGUAAGUUCUGCUACACCUUUGGACACGACCGCUAGAGUUUUGUUGGAGACAGAGAGUGUACCUAGAGAAGGGAGUGAGGUGAUUGAUGGAGAGAAGAUUGAGAACUCUGACAUGCUGGCUUUAAAUCAACAAAAGUUGAGUGAUAAAAGUGAACUGGUGCCUCCUGAGUCGGAAAAUUUAAAUUGUCUCAAACUCGCAGAAGAAAGCAGUGACAAGGGCCAUGCUACUCCAGACACUUCAGAGCUUUCAGUUCACGAUUUGAGUUUUGUGCCUGAGUUGAUCGCAUCAAUAAAGAAAGCAGCCAUACAUGGUGUGGAGGAGGUAAAAGGAAAAGUGGAGGAAAGUACUGAUCCUCAGAAGAGUAUUUCUAUUGCCAUUGAAGCUGAAACAGACUGUUUGGAUCCAGUGAACACUCCUGGAGAGGGCGAAGCAGAUUCUGAUAGUGAGAAUCUGAAUAAUUCCAAAAUUGAGCCAACAAAAGCCGAGGCAGAAGCUAUUUCAAAGGGAUUGCAGACAAUAAAGAAUGAUGAUCUGGAGGAGAUCCGAGAAUUAGGUUCUGGAACAUAUGGGGCAGUUUUCCACGGCAAGUGGAAGGGUUCUGAUGUAGCAAUAAAGAGAAUAAAGGCCAGCUGUUUUGCUGGCCGACCUUCUGAAAGAGAGCGUUUGAUUGCUGAUUUCUGGAAGGAGGCUCUGAUACUUAGUUCACUGCAUCAUCCAAAUGUUGUUUCUUUCUAUGGUAUUGUGCGUGAUGGUCCUGAUGGCUCUUUAGCAACGGUGACUGAAUUCAUGGUUAAUGGAUCAUUGAAACAGUUUCUGCAGAAAAAAGACAGAACAAUAGAUCGUCGUAAGAGACUUAUUAUUGCUAUGGAUGCUGCAUUUGGAAUGGAGUAUCUGCAUGGGAAAAAUAUAGUACAUUUUGAUUUGAAGUGUGAAAAUCUGUUGGUGAAUAUGAGAGAUCCGCAGCGGCCUGUAUGCAAGAUCGGUGAUUUGGGGUUGUCUAAAGUGAAACAACAGACAUUAGUGUCUGGAGGUGUUCGUGGAACGUUACCCUGGAUGGCACCUGAGCUUCUUAGUGGGAAAAGUCAUAUGGUGACAGAGAAGAUUGAUGUUUACUCAUUUGGGAUUGUUAUGUGGGAACUGCUUACUGGCGAUGAACCCUAUUCAGAGAUGCAUUGUGCUUCCAUUAUUGGAGGAAUUGUGAACAACUCUUUGCGUCCUCAAAUUCCAACAUGGUGUGAUCCUGAAUGGAAGUCUCUGAUGGAAAGUUGUUGGGGCUCCGAGCCUGCUCUAAGGCCAUCAUUUUCUGAGAUCUCUCAGAAGCUGAGGAGUAUGGCUGCUGCAAUGAAUGUGAAAUAAUUCUGGGUUCGAUGCAGUUCAUUUACCUCUUCCAAUAUGGUAGCUCCGAGAGUUAGCAAUAGAGGACAAUAAAUUAAUUCAUAGUAUUUACAGUUUGAGUCCACCUGGUAUUAGAGGGAUACCACACCCACAAAUACCUGGUUUCCAAGUAUAUGAAGGCAAACAGUGUAAUAUCAUGCUGUGAUUUAUCUCUUAAGGGUACCCUACCUUUGUAGUACUGCUGUAAAAUGGUAAUUAUCUUUAUGGAGUGUCAAAUAUGUGGCUCUAACGUGGAAUUCUUCAUGAUAUAUAUACCUGAUAGGAGCUAUGAUGGCAUGAUACAAUGUUUUUCUUGUUUGGUUGGUGACUAAGGUACUCUGAUACUGAAGCCCAGCUUUUCUAUUGAAGACGUGUAUAUAAAGUAAUCAGGAGUACUAUGGUGAAAGCUAUAUAUGUCAUGAGAUAUAGCUUUACUUCCGAAUUAGAACUGCGCCAGUUUUUGUUAUUCAUUUUCAGCAUAUGGUUCUUAUGUUUCAUGAUACAGCCAGAGACAUCAGUUUAUGCCCCCCUAUGGCUCCUCGAAUGUAAAAAGUGAUCGUCUAUGAGAACACCUUCAUCAUUAUAUUUGGCUGUGUAGAGCACAGUAGCCCAAUAAACCUGACCAGGUCUUGUUUAUAUCACAUGUGACAUCAGGAUUUGCUUCAGAAUACUUGUCUCCGCUUCUGAGCAGUCCUUUGAGAAAAUUAUGUGUCUUAGUGGUCGAGUCUUUAGGGUGUAAUUGAAGGGUCGGUGUACUUUUGCUUUAUAAUGAAAUUGCAUGUUUUCAGGUA